GUACGCUUUUGUUUUACUGGGUGAGGCAGCGCCCGGAAUAUUCAUUUUCGUGACGGUCUGAUAUACCUAGUGCUUUGUGUGCGGAAUAUCCUGGAGGCAAACGGCGGAAGAUUGUGUCUUAAAAUGUGCGGAUUUCCCUGUGUUUUUUUUGGUGGGGGGGAGUUUGCGACCUGUUGGACGCGCCGUCGAUGCCAGGUCGCCGUGCAAUCCUGUCGAAACUCUUUCCACGGUUCAUGGUGUGUUAGGAAAACUCUUUUUCUAACUAACUGCAAGGGCAAGAGAGUAUUCCACAUGUCUUCUGGAGGAGAGUCGUUGGCCCGCUUUGAUCGGGUUCGAGGUCCGCACUACGACCAGGUGCCCCUGGGCUCCCUUGCGAGGGUGGACGCCCCCCCUCGGCCGCUGGAGGACCUGCGGGGAACCACGCUGGCCUCCAGCUCCGACCCCCUGCCGCCCCCUCCCCUGCCCGCCCAGCCCCCCGUGGGGCCCGAGUUCUACCCCAGCGACAGCGAGGAGCACGUGGAUCAGCUGGACAUCAAGCCGGUCCACCGCUUCAUCCCCGACUCCUGGAAGAACUUCUUCCGGGGCAGCGGCAAGAGCAGCAAGGCGAAACCGGAGUCCCGGCCCGGCUCGGCGGACGACCCCCCCGCCCAGGGGGUCCAGUGCUCCCCGCCGCACUCCCCCUCCGUCCCGGGCUCGUACCGGGAUCCGUACGGGGGCUCGGGGGGCAGCUAUAACUCCCGCAAGGAGAGGGAGGCUAUGCUCCCCCUCGACGCCCCGGACUCGUUCGAUGGGCGGACCCAGCACACGGCCAUGACGUACAGCGAGAAGGUGGAGCUGUACCACAUGAAAUACUCCUACAUGAAGUCCUGGGCAGGCCUGCUGAGGAUCCUGGGCUGCGUGGAGCUGCUGCUGGGGGCGGCCGUCUUCGCCUGUGUGUGCGCCUACGUCCACAAGGACAACGAGUGGUACAACAUGUUCGGCUACGCGCAGCAGCAGAUGUAUGGCUACAUGGCGCCCGGUGGAGGGGCCUCGAUGUACUACAACGGGCCCCAGACUCCCUUCAUCCUGGUGGUGGCCGGGCUGGCUUGGGUGAUAACGGUGAUCCUGCUGGUACUCGGCAUGACUAUGUACUACCGUACCAUCCUUCUGGACUCCAGCUGGUGGCCGCUGACCGAGUUCAUCAUCAACAUCGCCCUCUUCGUCCUGUACCUGGCGGCCGGCAUCGUUUACGCGCGGGACACCACCCGCGGGGGGCUGUGCUCCUACCCCGUCUUCAACAACGGCAUCAACGGGGCCUUCUGCCGCGUGGAAGCCGGGCAGACCGCGGCCCUGAUCUUCCUGUUCGUCAAUACGGUCGUGUACCUGAUCAGUGCCAUCGUGUGCCUGAAGCUGUGGAGGCACGAGGCAGCCCGGAGGUACAAGGAGAGUCUGAAUCUGGAGACAAAAACAACUGCAUCUGCGCCAAGAUCCCUGGUUGUUGCAGGUACAGGAGCACCAGAACCAAGCGGGGUACCAGUAGUGAUGAAGCCUGAGGUCUAUACAGGGCACAUUCCUUCAGGACACAUUCCCAAGCCCAUAGUGAUGCCGGACUACGUUGCUAAAUAUCCUGCAAUCCGGUCCGACGAGGAGCGUGAUCGCUAUAAAGCUGUUUUCAAUGACCAGUAUGCCGAGUACAAAGAACUGCAUUCGGAGGUGCAGGCUUCGUUGAAGAAGUUCGAUGAGAUGGACGCUAUGCUGGCAAAUCUGCCCCAGUACCCAGGAAACCAGGUGGAGCGCGACCGGCUUAUGAAAAUUCAGCAGGAAUUUCAGAUGAAGAAAAAUGACCCGAAGUUUUUGGAGAAGAAAGAACGCUGUGAAUAUUUGAAGAAUAAGCUGUCGCACAUAAAGCAGAAAAUUCAGGAGUAUGACAAAGUUAUGGACUGGAAUGAUGGCUAUAGUUAAAAAAAAGGUGGAAUUGAGAUUUUAUUUCUAGUAUUUUAACUGUGUUGAUUCAGUUUAACUUUUUGCUUUGAAAAUGCAUUUUUUUGUGUGUUUGUGAGCCCAUCAACCACAGUGCGGAUUGCUUGACUAUACUGGUUAUUUUCCACUCCCUUCAACUCAGUAGAGUUUAUUUGAGGAGUUCCUUGUGUGGAGUUAGUUGAUUGAUCGGCAGCUAUAUGAGGAAAAAGGGACUGUGAAGAAAUUAUGCAUAAAGCUUGGCAACACCUGGCCCCACGAUCUUUGAUUUUCUUGAUAGGUCAACUGUGGCUCAGCUGCGUCCUGACUUUGCUCAUUUCGUAAAGCUUUGACUGAUGCUUAAAGAAAGCUGAUCUGUAAUGCAGUUUUAUUUCUGUUCAAGCCAAAACCCCAAACUAGCAGCUGCCAAAUAUGUACUACAACUGUUAUAUUCAUUUCCUUGUUCGGAUCCUCAAAAAGGAAAGUCUUUCCUAGCUAGCAGGUUGUGUAAAUAUCUUUGUUAGUUGCAGGCAUAAAUAUUGUAAGUUUGCAUUUAAGUCUCCUGGGGUGUUAAAUGUCAUCUCUCAUUUUGGAAUUGUCUGUGUUUUAUAUUGUACAGAAUAUCUUCCUGUAUUUUAAAUGAAAUCCUUUAUAGUGUUUUAUCUAGUCAUGUAACCGUCACAUUUUUCAGUUAAGCUUAUAAAUACUUUUUUUUGUAUGGAAAACCUUAACUUUUCGAUUUCUUCAAUGUGAUUAUAUAAGAUUGACUCCAGUUUGUUCAUCUAGGCUGCACUAUUUUGUUGUGUAGUGCAAAAAUGCCCUCUGGCAGACCAAUCUUCUACUAUUGCAAAGCAGAUUUAGAAACUUUGAAUUCACUGUUUGAACUAGAUAUAGAUUCACAGUAGAUUUUUAAAAUGAACUACCUGAUUUCUUAGUACUUAAAUAAGUGUGGAAUUGUGUUCUGUACAGUUUGUGUAAGUAUACAGUUAACUCUGGUUUGGAAUUUCUUAAAACCAAUUAUGUUGGCACUGUAAAGACCAAAGUAUAAAGUAUCAUUUUCCUGUUAAUUUCAAGUUGGAAGUGAGAGGGUACAGAUCCCUCUGUACCAAUGUGCUUUCCCUGUGUAAUCACCACCAAGUCAUUUUCUGUGCUUGCUUACUCGCGUAAACAGACAUGACUUGUUUUGUAGCACGUCACACAGUGAACUUCAUGAAAUGAAUGCUGCCUGUGUUUUGAAUACUAAUAUUACAAUAUGAGGUAGAAAACGCCUUCCUUCUGACCUCGUUGCCUUUAUUUAUUUAAAGAAAAACCUUUGUUUUUAUAGCCUUCAGGUCUUCACGGCCAAACAACAUCAUCCAGUCAAUUAAAUGUAUUUUACAAAAAUA